UUGUGUUUUUAUUCUUUUAUUCUUGUUCUCCUUUUUGUUUGACAAAUUCUAAUAAAUAAAUUAAAAAAAUAAGUAUUUCCAUGAAGUUCUAGAAAGCAUCAUCUCCUUUCUCCACUCGCCUUCAUUCUUUCUUACACUCCCCUGAUAAUUCCCCCCCCUUAAAUCCCUCCAAACGUGGAAACAAAAAUACAGCCUUUUGCUUUGCAUCACGAUUUUAAAAGCUCUUGGCAACCCUGCUGUUAUUUAAAUAUAGAUCACAGCCAAGCCGCAUUCCGCGCACGAACAUUCCUAGAUUUUUCUUUUUUUUUAAAAAAAAAAAGUUUUUUAUUUUUUAACAAACAUACAAUGCAUUUUUUCUGAACAGAGUAUUGGCCAAGUUCCAAAUUUAUACAACUUUUCGUUAUCUUCCAACACACUUUAUAUGUUUCACUUUUUGUCUUAAUGUUUUUUCUCUCUAAUUUUUAUUUUAUUUUGUAUUGUAUAAUUAAUCUUAUCCUUCGCCCUGAGAUCUAAUCAUUAAUCAGUUCCUUUUUUUCUCCCCCCCCUUCUCUUACUUCUUCCAAAUUAAACCCUUUAGUUUCAAAUCAAUCGUUUUUCUAAUAUUUGACCCUGACUCUAAAUCCUCCUAUUCAAAUAUUUUCCCCAUUAUUUAUUUAUUUAUUUAUUUAUUUAUUUAUUUAUUUAUUUAUUUCGUCACAACAAUAUAUGUAGGUAUCAUACAAAAAGAUUAUAUAGUAUAUAAACACAUAUUUGAGUAAAUAUUACGAGUUAUAAGCAUAUAUAAGCAUAUCUUUUCUUCUUCAUAUAUAUAUGUAUAUAUAUAUAUAUAUGAAGAAGAAAAGAAAAACAAUAUGACAGGAACGGUAGGCAUGUUUGUGCGCUUACUCCCUUUUCACCUCAGAAUAUAAAUUCAGACAUUUUCCUUAAAUUCCAUUUUUCCAAAUCACAAAAACUAAAGUUCAUUCAAUUUUACAUAUACAACUUAUCUAACAUUAAAACAUUUUUCGAAAGCCAAAAGUUCGGUGAUAAUCCGAAAUCACAAAUCAUCUGAGAAAGCCCAGAGAAUGUAGGAAAAUGGGAGCAAGCGGGAGAUAAAACUCUCCAGGCAGCCCCACCGCAGGAAAGAUCCUGUUCACCUCGCAGUUCUGACCAUUUACCCCACGCGCGGACGGAGCUGCCUGCGAUACACUGGCCGCGACGCUUUCCUGUUCCUGUUUGCAGAAGCAGCGCUCUCCACCUCCCCGCUUUGUCUAUUGGCUCACGGCGUGGCUGUUUCCACCCUUCCCCAACAAGAACCCCUUCAAUGGUCGGUGGUUCUGACGUUGCAAGCGGAGGUUGGCUCUUCCGAGUGUCUAAAAGAGACCCUUCCAAGUCCGGAUCGAAGCUCCACCCACGACGUUACUCCUGACUAACAACUGUUCGUGUGAACGCUCCCUUAGGCAAAAGGUUCCAUCUUGGCUUUCUUUCUGGGUCCUGCACUUCUAUGCCACCUUUGUUUAUUAUCUACCCAAAGGUAGCUUCUAGAUCACUUGGGCACUGUGGAGUUUGCAUUAAUCAGGCUCAAGCAGAAAUGCCACAUACCCCUCGCCAACGGUUGCAGCCUCGGGCUCCAAUUUGGUCAGAGACAGAAACGCGAGAUUUCCUUGCCCUCUGGGGUGAAUUGCUGAUUUUGAGGUGGAUUGAAAACCGGCCACCAAACAGUGACAUCUACGAGGAUCUCUCAGCCCAGAUGAUAGCCAGGGGUCACGAGCGCAAUGCUUCGCAGUGUAGGAACCGAGCCCGGGAUCUGAAGCGAAGUUAUCGGAGAGCCAAAGAUGCCCAGAUCUGUGCUGGAGCUGAGCCCGUGUCUUGCCGUUACUUCCGAGAAUUGGAUCAAAUGUUUGGAGGUGAAAUGGAUAGGACCACCAACCGGAGUUUGGCCAGCAUGGAUGGAUCCAUGCGGGUGGUGGUAAAAAGCGAGGAUGCAAAAGACAUGGAGGCCCAGGCCUCUGAGGAAGAGAGCAACCAAAUGACGCCCCCAAACACCCUCUCAAGUAUGGAUGCAGACACAGACACGGAAACCGAACCGAACAUGGGGAUCACACGAGGGUUAGUGACAGUGGUAGAUCCCAACGUGAUUGAAACCACAAUAGUUGAGGAAUGUCCUGAAGAGAAGGCGGUGCCCUUUUGUGGGCAACCCGUUCCAGGCUGCAGUGAAGAUGGGCACCACACUGCUACUGGUAGAGGCAGGCGAGAGAAGUCCUUUGGUCAUCCCCUGACGACAGCAGAAAGGAUGGCAUCUAUGCGGGAGAGGAAGAGGCGGUCGCACGAGGAGAUGAUGCAUGAGAUCAUGACCGAUUAUAGGAGGACCUGGGAGACCAUGGAGGCUCUUCACGAGAGAAGUGAAAUCAACGCUGGGGACUUCCGUGAAGCAGUGCUGAGGGAAAUGCUUCUGGACAGAGAGGCCCGGACACGGGAGGCCCAAUUAAACCGUGAAUCCCAAGCAAGGGAGGCCCAGCUGGAUAGAGAGGCCAGGAUUAGGGACAACCAGUUGGAGAGAGAGAUUAGGAUUAAGGAACUUGGUAUGAUUGAAGCCGAGCUUCAGCGCACCAGGGAAAUCCUCCAUCCAAUGGUUGAUGCCCUGGCAUCUGUGGCAGAGGCCUUGCGUAUGGCUAGCAGGAUAUUGCCACCGUCUCAGCCUGCACAGAAAGUGACGGCUGGAGUCUUUUUAGAAUCAAACGAAAACAAGUAAUUUCUGUCUCUCUUUCAACUAAAAAACUUUUAUCUUGAAUGGAAAAGAUGUGUGGUCAGGAAGUGAAGGGAGGGGGGGGGAAAGUGCUUUCUAAAGUGCUAAAUUCAGGGAUUUUUAAUAGUAAUUUUAUCUUGCCCAGUAAGAGGUGGAGCCAACCACUCUCAAUUUGCUCAUCCUGUGGAACAGAGAGAUCAUGUACAUUCUAGACAGUUUGGUUUGGAAAAAGAGAAGAAACUUCAGAAAAGACAUUAUAGUAGAUUAUUGAUAGGAGCCUUCCUUUUCCUUACAACCAAAUCCAGCUGACUGCUUAUUUGGGGCUUUUUCUGGAGAGACUUUAUCCAAAUGCAGGUAUUGGAGAACAAAACGCUGGCAUAUUUUCACAACCGUGUAUUGUUUGUACAGAUAGUCCUCGACUUACAACAGUUCGUUUAGUGACUGAAGUUACAACGGCACUGAAAAAAGUGACUCAUGACUGUUUUUCACAUUUACGGCCGUUGCAUCAUCAUGGUCACGUGAUCAAAAUUUAGACACUUGGCAACUGAUUUACAAUUAAUGAUGGUUGCAGUAUCCCAGGGUCAUGUGAUCGCCUUUUUAUGACCUUUGACAAGCAAAGUCAAGGGGGAAGCAAGAUUCACUUAACAACCAUGUUAUAUGACAGUAAUAUAACUGCAGUGAUUCACUUAACUGUUCCAAGAAAGGUCACAAAAUGGGGCAGAGUUCACUUAAUAAUUGUCUUACUUAGCAACAGAAAAUUUGCCCUCAGUUGUGGUCAUAAGUCAAGGACUCCCUAUAGCAGGGGUCUCCAACCUUGGC